AUGGAGGAACAUCAAUUAGUGAUUGAAUAGUUGGAAAGCAUGAAGAAUUUAAAGCAGUUGUUUCAUAAAAUGAAAAAUGGUAACAUUCGCAUAGUGGACGGUCUCUCAAUUGUGAUUUAUAAGUUGAUUAGACAAUUCAAACCCUCAAGUUCAGAAUAUUUAGUGCUCCUUCAAGAAUUGUUUUAUUUGUCAAUUGAUAUGUAAUUGAUAAACAUAAGUGAUCAAGUACUCUAAGUUUUGCUUAAAAAUUUCCCUACAGCUGAAAAGGUUUAGAGAUUAAAAGGAUACUUGUUGGAAGCCAAUGGAGAGGAUGAGAAUGCUUAAGUGGUAUAUGAGAAGAUGCUGUCUGAAAAUUUGAUGGAUCAAAAUUCAAGAAAGAGAAAAAUAGCAUUGUUAAGGAGAUAAAAUAAUGUAGAAUAGGCAAUAGCCUUGUUGAAUACUUUUCUCACUUCCUUCCCCAACGAUGCUGAAGCAUGGCUAGAAUUGUCUGACAUAUAUUUAGAACACUUGAACUACUCCAAGGCUUAAUUUUGUCUUGAAGAAGUUUUAUUGCUUAAUACUCAGGAUUUACAUUUAGGGAUUAAAUUAGCAGAAAUCAACUAUAGCAAUCAAAAUUACUCAUAGGCUAAGAACUAUUAUUGUUUUGUGUUAUCCAAAAAUCCCAAUGAGCCAAGAUGUUUGUGGGGUCUAUUGUAAACAUUAAGAAAAAAGAAAAGAGAAGGAAAUGAUAAGGAUUUAGGAACAAUUGUGAUAUAGGCAUUGUAGAAAAUAUACAAAUAGCACCCAAUCAAAUAUCCAUUUGAUAAAAUAGCCCUUGAAAUACAAUAGUGAGAUAAAUAAAUAACAUUAUCAAGUUUUAAUUC